AUGGAUAUCUACUUUCUGUUUUUGGAGAGAGUGGGCGACGCCGUCUGCGCUUCCGAGGACGACUUGGAAUCACUCCCUCUCGCGACAGAAACCUCGAUUGUGGCCCUCUACGAGGCACUCCACGCCGUUCGGGUCGUCCACUUCCGCCACAUCCGCCGGCGGGCUGACGGGAGCCUGUGCUUGAUUGAUUUCUCGGGACCGAAAAUCGCCUCGGAGGGUGAAAAGGGCGAUAGGGAGUUGGCAUUAGAGAUGGAGAAGGUCAUGGAAAUGCUGGAGCUGGAAGUCUUGUGA